GGAGCGCGGACGGUCAGCCAGCCAGCCCGGCCUGAGCUUGUUGUUGGCGGAAGAGGGGCUGGGGCGGUUAAGCGGGGCCGAUGGACCGGGCGGCCGUGCCACGGAGGAGCGGGGGCGGGGGGCUGACCUCCAACUCCAGAUCGGUGUCGGGGAGCGGCGGGGCCUCGGCGAGCCCGGCCAACUCUCGGCGCCGGAGGCAGCCGCCGCGACCGGCCGACUACAAGCUGCAGGUGAUCAUCAUCGGCAGCCGCGGCGUGGGCAAGACCAGCCUGAUGGAGCGCUUCACGGACGACACCUUCAGCGAGGCCUGCAAAUCCACCGUCGGUGUUGAUUUUAAAAUCAAAACAAUAGAGCUAAGAGGGAAGAAAAUUAGAUUACAAAUCUGGGAUACAGCGGGUCAGGAGAGAUUCAACAGCAUCACUUCGGCGUACUACAGGAGUGCUAAAGGAAUAGUCUUGGUAUAUGACAUUACAAAAAAAGAAACAUUUGAAGAUGUACCCAAAUGGAUGAAAAUGAUUGACAAGUAUGCUUCAGAAGACGCAGAGCUUCUUUUAGUGGGAAAUAAGCUGGAUUGUGAAGUUGAACGAACAAUCACUCGUCAGCAGGGAGAAAGGUUUGCUCUGCAGAUAACUGGCAUGCGUUUUUGUGAGGCUAGUGCAAAGGACAACUACAAUGUCAGUGAGAUCUUUAUGAAGCUUGUGGAUGACAUCUUAAAUAAGAUGCCUGAAGUACCCAAGUGCGAGUUAUCAAACAGCAUCCUGUCAUUACAGCCAGAGCCUGAAAUUCCACCAGAGCUGCCGCCAGUUCGGCCGAACGUCCGCUGCUGCUGAUCGUUGCUUCUCCCCUGCGCUCGUACUCAUGUACAUUGCUGCAAUGCAAUCAGUCUCACCAUUGUCAUCGUUGCACUUUGUAGGAAUGAUCAAAGAACUCGGACUAACUUUGUAUAUGUGUGAGAUUUUAAAAUGGUAUAGGAUAAAAUUACUCUGUUCUGAAUAACUGCACAUUUUGUUUUUUAAUAUCCUCUGAUUUCUAGCAAAGUUGAUGUUUUCUACACUAGUGCAGUAUUUAAUGUCAGUGUGUAGUACCAAGUGGUUUCUAAACUUCAAAAUGGCCGUUUUGUUAUGGUACUCUUUAUAAUUUAAAAAAGGGGUCAGGCCACUGAAAAGACUGUCUCGUUUCUAGCAUAAAGCUGCUAUUAUCAGUGGGAUCAUAGUCACUGCUACCUUUGCUGAGUAGCACAAGAUGGGGACAUUAGAAAAACUAAUGAACCAAAUUUGGGAUACAUUAUGGAAUUUUUGCAAAUCCUAAUGAUAUAUACAAAAGGGAACCCCAUUAGAUACAUGUUUAAGAAAGAACUGCAGAUACUGGAAAAAUUCUCCAUAGAUACUGCCUCACCCGCUGAGUUUCUCCAGCAUUUUUGUCCCCAUUAGAUACAUAGUUGGUUCAUUUGUACGUUGGUGCUUAGACUGCAAAUAUGUAUUAUCUUCCCAAGAAGUGUUGGGAACUAAAUGGUAACACUAAAUUGUAAUUCGGAGAGAUCCAGAGUGCACAUUACUUGCAACAAGAGUGUGAAUCACAGAAAUAUACUUGAGGUGCAGUAGCAGAAUUGGGGUCAUGCUAUUUGAGUAUUAUCAGAGAUGUAACGUUAUUGUGGUCAGGGCAAGUAAAAUCAUCUGCCUCCCUCCCAAAUCAAAAAUGAUGUGCUGUGAAAGGACACUUAGUUGUCACUUUAGAAGCACUUAAUCGAAAAGUUUUAGGCCGAGGGAGGGGGGGCUAUUAUAUUUUAGGUGAGUAUUUUAUAGUGGACAAUUUCAAGUGGGCAUUUUAUAAAAGUUGCCUUAUGAGGAUCAAAUAUUUUACAUUUUGGUCUGUUCAAAGAUAUUUUCAUUGUGCAAAUGACUGCACCUUGCACUUGUAACAUUGCAGUGAACAGCACUCCCUCGUAACAUUGUUAGGUUUCAAUUUCAGGUGACCAGUGCGUUGCCAAGUGGGUGUAACGUACUUGCACAAAGCCCUACUUAAGACUGGGCUCGUGUCACGAGCAACAGAGUAACUUCCAUGUCGAAGACUGAAGAUUUUUUUGGAAGUAUGUGAAGUGAAAGUACAGUAUUUACUUUGUUACCAAUAGUUGAGGAAGUAAUUUAGAUUUUUUUUUUUAAAUUGUUCUCAUUGUGGAUCCCACAAAAAGACAGAUUCGCUUGCAGCUUUUAAUUCCGGAUUGUGCUUGUUCAUUGCUGUAUUUGGAACAUGAAGAAGAUCAUCCCAUCAUUACGGUGCAUGUUAUUUAAAAAGUGAAGUCUGUCCCUUUGGUGUAGCUGAUUUAUUUUUUGAUGAAUUCAAAUAUAAGCAUGGUAUGUAAAAUUGUGACCUAUUAAAACUCUAUACACAA